AUUCUGUCCGGAACCAUCAGUUGACGAAGAGUGUUUCAUCUUGACACUCAGUUCACAUUUUGGCACAUCUUCGAAUUUCCAUUUUCGAGUACACAUACCGACGCAUCAAGCAUGUUGAAGCUAGUGCUGUUUCUGGCGGCGUUUGCAGCCGUCACAUACGCGGCCAACAGAAAUGCAUUUUUCAAGAGACAAACAUUCUUGAGAGCCACUGACGUGAGCAAAAUGACCAGAGACAUCAGAUCGUGUUGGCUGGAUACUUCGGGACAAUGCUGUGCUAACAACAUCGCCGACUGCCGUUACUACAAAAGAUACAGCAGAACAAGAAACAACUACUUCUAUUUCAACACGAUGCCUUUCUAUCCUGGUAACUUCUGGUAUUCUUCAUGCAAGAUCCAGUGCCUCUGUAGCUCCUACCAAUCCUCGUGUUCCAACGUACCAGCAACUGCAGCAGCAACAACAGCUGCACCAGCAACUACAACAACCACAACGACUACCACUACUACCGCAACAACUACCACAGCUGCUACGACAACAACUGCUACUACUACGGCUGCUACAACUACAACUGCGACAACUACAACUGCGACAACGACCACUGCUACCACUACAGUGACUACAACUACAACCACCACUCCUACUACUACUGUAGUAACACGAUUCUGCCCAACGACGGCGACCACACAGUCUACCGUUACCAGGAUUCUCGGCGGUACCGCUGUGACAGACUGCACCACCAACCCCGGCGUCGUCAGGGUCGUGGACCCCACUUCGGGAAGUACUGUGUGCACGGGUGUCGUCACCUCAACAACAACUGUCUCCGUACCCAACAACUGCGCUCAGCUUAUGAGCACUGCGCUUGAACUACAAGACCCAACCACUGGCACCGUCAUUGAAACUCUACCUGUUAUUGACACCACUACCCUCGCAACAGGAGGUCCGUUCGAAAUCACUCUGACCACACCUAUCAGCUCCACGAGUUGCCCUGGCGUUGCAUGCAUCUAUGACGCUGCCAUGGUCGACAACAUUGACCUCACAAGCUGCGUCGUUGUUGGUGCUGGACAUGACGAUUUUGCAGGCACGAACCCCGCAACAUUAUCCUCCUACACCGUGCCAAGUCUCCAGCCCACUGCCGAUUGUCCCGCCCUCCUGCAGGCGUCUGGUCAAGCCGUCCUCUUUGACACUGGCCUUACGUACAACUGUUUCUUCAAUACAGGAUCUUCUACCUGUGGUGGUGAUGCUGGAGCGCCUGUGAUGUGUCCCCUUACCACCGGAGAAAUUGUCGUCAUCGGUCAGGCUGAGAACAUGCCCUGCGACGGCACCGACAUCGUUGGCUUCUACAAUCUGGAGGCUGCGGCUGUCAGAGUGGAACGUAGAGGGAAAGGGUCUAUUCUGUUGGGCUACCAGCCGUUCAGGAGAAUUAACAAACAUAAAAUUGUCCUUGGCACCGGCAGAAAAGCAACCCGAGUUAUUCUUGGUAAACCCAAGAUUACUCUUGGCUAGAUGGUUUAACACAUAAAAGGACUUUUUACUUCAUGUGUGUUUACUCGGGGUUGUUUAUUGUUGGUUAUUGUCAUAUGGUAUGUCUUAUGUGCACAGUAUACACGUGCAAGUUUCAACGUUUUCCUUUGCAUGUUUUAACAAGGUCUUUAGAUGGAUGUGACUAUUCUCCAUUAGUGGAAAUAUAUUGUUGAUUAUGUAAAAUAUGUGUUGUUUGUAUUUGGUUGUUUUAGCAAUUGCGAAGAGUAUGAUUUUAAUAAAUAUGUUUUUCCUAA